UCCCGGAGGAGGCAACGACGGGGCGGGCUCCGGGAGUCUGGAAGAGCCGGAGAGCGUCACCCCCUCGCGCUGCGGUGGUCGCUCGCGUCCCGCCGGCCUGUUCCGGGUUGCCCCGCGCCGCCGCCGCCGCCGCCGUGGAACCAUGGCUGGGCUCGUUGUGCUCCUGUCCUUGUUGGUGGCGGGUGUUUGGGGGAACGAAUUUAGUAUAUUACGAUCACCAGGAUCUGUUGUUUUCCGAGAUGGAAAUUGGCCUAUCCCAGGAGACCGGAUUCCAGAUGUGGCUGCAUUAUCCAUGGGCUUCUCUGUGAAAGAAGACCUGUCUUGGCCGGGACUGGCAGUGGGGAACCUCUUCCAUCGUCCCCGGGCCACUGUGAUGGUGAUGGUGAAGGGAGUAGACAGACUCGCUCUACUCCCCAGCAGUGUCAUUUCCUACCCUUUGGAGAAUGCAGUUCCUUUCAGUCUUGACAGCGUUGCAAAUGCCAUUCACUCCUUAUUUUCUGAAGAUACGCCAGUGGUCUUGCAGUUGGCGCCCAGCGAGGAAAGAGUGUAUAUGGUGGGGAAGGCGAACUCAGUUUUUGAAGACCUCUCCGUGACGUUGCGACAGCUCCAUAGUCGCCUGUUUCAAGAAAACUCUGUUCUCAAUUCCCUCCCCGUCAACUCUCUGAGUAGGAACAAUGAAGUGGAUCUGCUUUUUCUCUCGGAACUGCAAGUGCUGCAUGAUAUUUCCAGCUUGUUGUCUCGGCACAAGCAUCUAGCCAAAGAUCAUUCUCCUGAUUUAUAUUCGCUGGAGCUGGCGGGCUUGGAUGAAAUUAGGAAGCAUUAUGGAGAAGAUUCUCCACAAUUCCAAGAUGCCUCAAAGAUCCUUGCGGAUGCUCUGCAAAAAUUUGCAGAUGACAUGUACAACCUGUAUGGUGGCAACGCAGUGGUUGAAUUGGUGACUGUCAGAGCCUUUGACACGUCCUCUGUGAGGAAGACUAGGACUAUUCUUCAGCUGAGGGAUGAGAAUGAUGAAGCUCCUUACAACCUUGCAUAUAAGUAUAACCUUGAGUACUCAGUGAUUUUCAACAUGGUCCUUUGGAUAUCAAUCGGCCUGGCCUUGGCUGUGAUUAUCACCUCUUACAAUAUUUGGAACAUGGAUCCUGGAUAUGAGAGCAUCAUUUAUAGGAUGACAAACCAGAAGAUUCGGAUGGAUUGAACUGUCCUCAUACCAAACUUAGAAAAGGGGUUUGGAAUUUCCUAUUUUGUUAAAGAUUAAUCUCUCGUGUAGUUUAAAGUAGUAACAUACUUUAAAUUUAUAUAUAAAAAAGGAAGCAAAUUUUGUUCUCUAUUUUGUGUGUGCCUGUGCUGUUUUUUUAGAGUGGAUUAUAGUAUUGAUGUGAACUGGUUUAUGUGAUAAUAGAUUCCAUAAUAUGCUUGAAUCUUACAAUAACCAUUUGAUAUCAUUUCAUUCCAUUUAAUAUUUGAAUGCACUGAAAUAAAUAUAAGACAUUUAGAAUAGCUUGUGUUAUUUAUGUUGGGGAAAUGCACUGAAUUUGUUAGAGAAACUUGUGAAUGCUCACUUCCUUACACAAGCUGGGUGAAAAUAUUUCAGCAGUUGUCUUCUCAAAACCAUUUAUAUUUGUCACAAUUUGAUGUAAAUAUCUCUGAAAAAGGAAAACGGGUUUUUAACUUGGAGUAGCCCUAAACUAGGAAAACUUAUUGUCGCUUAUAUUGUCGCUUAGAUAGUUAUUUGGAUUUCUUAUUAGCAGAGAAGAGAGCUGCUUGUUUUUCUUGAUUUCUUCUGGAAGUUUGAUGAUCCGCAUGGUGUAGAGAUGAAUAUACCACAUCUAAAAAGGAACUGGCUUUGUGGAACUAUACACAGAUGCUUGUAAUUAUACACGAAAAAACAAGCAUGGGGGACAUAUCGGGGCAUGACUAUAAAAUCAUUUUCUUUCAGCAGCUUUUCCUCUGUGUCAGUUUUGCUGGUUUGUGGUACAACCUUGCUCUUCAGGAUAUUAAGUGGAAGUCAAUGCUCCCUACUUUUCAUGUGGAAUUGGACCAAUGUCUAUCAGGAGUGACAAAAUAAAGUUAAUAGUGAUUCCAA